AUGUGGGUUGUUUUAAUUCUUGCAUUGCUCGGACAUGUGUCUGAAGGUGUUGUGAUACCUGUACCCGAGCCCCAUGGUCUUUCACUACCGACAGUAUUGCCCAUACACCAAAGUUCUCUGCUAAAGCCACCACCGAUUGCGUUGUCCACAAGAAGAACCCUCCCUGCGCCUGUUGGAAUCGGAAGUGGUUUGGUUUCAAGUCUAUUAGAGGGCAUCAUAGGUGGUCGCCGGAGAGCUAUCCAUCAUGAUCACUUAUUGGAGGAACCAAUUGACAGGAUAUUGGGGGACACGGAAGGACUGGACCAUGGUCACGUAGGAGACCGUUGUCAACACAGGACCAAUGGAUGCGAUGUCCCAGGCUACCACUGCGUAUUGACUUCCGUAUCUAGUUACAUUCCUUGUUUUGAGGGACAGGCGGCUCACUGUCACUGCAAACUAGGCUGUCUUCACCGUGGUCGCUUCUACAGUCCCGAGGAGGGGAAGCAUACCGCUUGUAGGAAAUGUCGUUGUGUUGAAGGGGAGAUGAUAUGUCGCAAGAAGCGACGAUGUUGGCGCGGACGACGACGUGACAGGCUGGAAAGGAGGCUCGACAGGAGGGAUAGGCUGGAUAGUCUCGACAGGCUGGAUAGGCUCGACAGGAGGAUCGACAGGAGGGAUAGGCUGGAUAAUCUCGACAUUCUGGAGAGUCUCGACAGGAGGGAUAGGCUCGACAGAAGGCUCGACAGGAGAUCCUUUAGUGUUUUAUGA